UUGCUGAUUACCGUACGUUUUUCUUAGCAACAGAAUUAUUGUAUUGUUAAAUCGACAGAAAUCAGGUCGUAUGUAAAUUAGCUACAAAUUUAAAAUUUAAUAAUUUCCUUAUUUGUUUGACUCCUUGAAUAGUUGGAUUCAUUUUGUGUUUUAGUCUUUCCAAAAUACUAAUACUUAUAAAUGUCUAGCUCUGAUGAAAGAUAUGCAUUUAUUGCAGAAUGGUAUGAUGUUAAUGCAGCCUUGAUAAGAAAUUAUCAUUUUCUUUACUAUCAAAAUGACUCUACAAUUGAAAUGUUUGAUAUACAAAAUAAAAGAGUAUUUUUAAAGCGCUCAAAGUUUGAAAAUUUGUCUAUCAAAGAUUUGUAUGUUGGUUCCAUUAUAAAUGUUCAUGCUAGACAGCUAAAAUUAACAGAUUAUGCAGAUCAGUUGACUAAAAAUAAAUUAGAAAAAAGCAGAUCAAGGACAUUUGCAAUGAUAAAGCCUGAAGCACUUAUACAUUCUGGUGCAAUCAUUAGUAGAAUUUAUGAAGAAAAUUUUCUUAUCUGUCAAAUAAAAAAAGUUCAGUUAACAAGAGCUGAUGCAGCAAUUUUUUAUGAUGAACACAAAGGAAAACCAUUUUUUGGGGAGCUGUUGGAUUAUUUAACAAGUGGCCCUGUGAUAGCUUUAGAGCUAAUGGGGGAGGAUUGUGUCAAAAAAUGGAGAGCCUGUCUUGGACCUACCAAUUCUUUAAAAGCAAAACAAGAUGCUCCUAACAGUAUUAGAGCUAUCUAUGGAACAGAUGGAACUAAAAAUGCAUGUCAUGGUUCUGAUUCCCCUUCAUCUUCUGCACGUGAAUUAGAAUUUUUUUUUGGUCUUAAUUCUCCAAAACCUAAAGCUGAAUUUAAAAAUUGCACUCUCUGCAUUGUUAAACCUCAUGCAGUUGCUAACAAUCUUCUUGGAAAUAUUUUAAGCGCUAUACAACAGGAAGGUUUUGAACUUUCUACAUUGCAAAUGUACAGACUAGAAAAAAAUGACGCUGAGGAGUUUUUUGAAAUAUACAAAGGAGUUGUCAGUGAGUACUGUGGAAUGGUUGACGAACUUUGCAGCGGCAACUGCGUAGCUAUUGAGAUAACGAAAGAUGAAAAUACCCCUACUAAGUUCAGAGAAUUCGUUGGACCUUCAGAUCCAGAAAUCGCUCGUCAUUUGCGUCCCCAUACUCUUCGAGCUCAAUUCGGAGUUGAUAAAGUUAAAAAUGCGGUGCAUUGUACAGACUUGCCCGAUGAUGGUAUUUUAGAAGUUGAGUACUUCUUUCGCAUUUUAAACUCAUAGUCAGAAUAUCCGAUAUAUAUACGAAUUAACCGAUGUUUCACAGUGAUAAACUGUUUUCGAAUCCACUUGAUAACCUUUAAAUGUUAUACAGAACUUAUAAUUUAUUAUUAACUAUUUAUUUUAUAA